AUGCCAGGUUCUCUCUCUCCCUCACUCGGCUCGCGUGUCCGCAGCAUCAUUGGCAGAAUCACCGGAAGCAACGAAGAGGACAGUACUGACCCUGCCGAUGUUGACCGCAUAGUGGCCCAGCUUUGCAUCCUCGAAGCAACAAACAAUCAGCUUCGCACACGCUAUAUUGAGCUUGGAGACACACAUCUCAACUCAACCCACGCAGGAUCUGAUGAACUGCUUGCGAGGGCACAGGAUUGCAAAGCGCAGCUUAAAAGACUGCUUAAGUCCAGUGGGAUCGAUAUGAUUCUCAGAGUCGAGGUUAACAGUGCGUUGGAAAAAUUAAAGGAUAUGGAAAGAGUAUACGCGCAGGCACGCAGAUGGGCCUGCGUUCAAGUUUAA